GGAGCACGGGCUCUAGGCACAUGGGCUUCAGUAGUUGUGGCUCGCAGGCUCUGGAGCGCAGGCUCAGUAGUUGUGGCGCACAGGCUUAGUUGCUCCGUGGCAUGUGGGAUCUUCCUGGACCAGGGCUCGAACCGUUGUCCCCUGCAUUGGCAGGUGGAUUCAUAACCACUGCGCCACCAGGGAAGCCCUUAAUUUGGACAUAAAGUUUUAAAAUUAGUAUGAUAAUCUGAUGGGAAACUGAGUGAUCAGAUUAGAAGGAAAGUUUUUAUUCUUUUUUUUAAUCAUUGAAAUGUUUCAACAUAUGAAAAUAGAAUAAAAAACCUCCAUGUACCCAUCACCCAGCACUAAUAUCUACCAACAUGGCCUAUCUUGGGAAAGAUGGUUUUUACGUGAUUUGCUUUAUUUUUUGUUCUCUUCCUGUUAGUUUAGUCCCCGUUGUUAAGAGUGUGUUGACACCUUGACAUAAUAUGUUUUGCUGGAUACUUGUAAAAUUUUUGUUGUUGUCUUUAGCCGUAAAGGGGAAGGUGGUAUAUAAUCAGGCUCGGUGCUCCCAGAUUCUAUCGCCAGGUUGCAGUUCUCCUGGUGGUAGCUGGCUUCAGAGAGAGACAACUUGGUGUGUUUAGAAGAGUACUGAUCUUGAGAGCACUGGCUUUCAGUCUGUUCUGUUGGCUAUAGGCAAAUCACUUACCUUCUCUGACCUGCAGCUUCCUCAUCUGCAGAGUGAAGAUGACGGUCCCUUUCUUUGGGUGUUUUUUAAGCAUCAAGGUUACUAAUUUGUCUUAUUUGUGCAGGCUUCCAGGACCCUCAUGGCUCUCUGGGGUACAUGAGGUUAAGAGUUGUCACCAGCUCCUAUGAGGCUUAUAAAAACAGACUGUGUAAGGCCAGAUAAGGCCUUUGGUAAUUCACGUUAUAACAGGCAGUGCCAUAAAGGAAGUGGAAGAACCAGAAUACAUGAGCCGUAUAACUUACUGCACCUGCUUAUUUUUCUUCCCCAAACCUUUUUGCCUCAACAUCUAUUGCAAAAGCCAGUAGUCAGUUCUGUGAUUCUAGUAACAGGUCAUGUUGUACCUAGCAUGAUGACCAAUGUCUCAAAUUACUGCUUCGGAGACUUGCUUUCUGGUUGUCACAUCCUUGUGCUUAUUUUUAUGAUUUUAGUGCCGAAAUAGAGUGUAUUAAGGAAAUGGUAUUAUGAUGGUUUUGAUGGGAGUUCCAUUGUAUAGAAUACGCUGUUUCAUGAGGAAUGAAUACUCUGUAAAUCUUUUACUGUGAAGAUGCAUGUAGCAUGUGCUAGACUUCAAAAGGAGCAAAUCACGCACACACCAGCAUAAAUUUCAUUGAGUUAUGUUUUGGAGGUCAUGAUUUGUUAAAGUAUAAUUUCACAAAUGUAUCUUCUUUUGUGUGCAUGGAAAAUUUUCAGAUAAAUACAGUGUAUUAACUGUAAAGUUGUAAUGUAACUAAGCAUAAUGUUGUGAUGCCAAGUUUUUUACACUAAUUUUUAAUACUUCAUUUGUUAGCAGUCUUGCUUGAACGGUCAUUUUGAGCAGAACUAAUACAAUAUUUUGAUGUGCCACAGGUAAAUUUUUCCAUAACCUUAUGGAGAGAAAGGACUUUGAGACAUGGCUUGAUAACAUUUCUGUUACAUUUCUUUCUCUGACGGACUUGCAGAAAAAUGAAACUCUGGAUCACCUGAUUAGUCUGAGUGGGGCAGUCCAGCUCAGGCAUCUCUCCAAUAACCUGGAGACUCUCCUCAAGCGGGACUUCCUCAAACUCCUUCCCCUGGAGCUCAGUUUUUAUUUGUUAAAAUGGCUCGAUCCUCAGACUUUACUCACAUGCUGCCUCGUCUCUAAACAGUGGAAUAAGGUGAUAAGUGCCUGUACAGAGGUGUGGCAGACUGCCUGUAAAAAUUUGGGCUGGCAGAUAGAUGAUUCUGUUCAGGACGCUUUGCACUGGAAGAAGGUUUAUUUGAAGGCUAUUUUGAGAAUGAAGCAACUGGAGGACCAUGAAGCCUUUGAGACCUCAUCAUUAAUUGGACACAGUGCCAGAGUGUAUGCACUUUACUACAAAGAUGGACUCCUCUGUACAGGGUCAGAUGACUUGUCUGCAAAACUAUGGGAUGUGAGCACAGGGCAGUGUGUUUAUGGCAUCCAGACCCACACGUGUGCAGUGGUGAAGUUUGAUGAGCAGAAGCUUGUGACAGGCUCCUUUGACAACACUGUGGCCUGCUGGGAAUGGAGUUCCGGAGCCAGGACCCAGCACUUCCGGGGGCACACGGGGGCGGUGUUUAGCGUUGACUACAAUGAUGAACUGGACAUCUUGGUGAGCGGCUCUGCAGACUUCACUGUGAAAGUAUGGGCUUUAUCUGCCGGGACAUGCCUGAACACACUCACCGGGCACACAGAAUGGGUCACCAAGGUGGUCUUGCAAAAGUGCAAAGUCAAGUCUCUCUUGCACAGCCCUGGAGACUACAUCCUCUUAAGUGCAGACAAAUAUGAGAUCAAGAUUUGGCCAAUUGGGAGAGAAAUUAACUGUAAGUGCUUAAAGACGUUGUCUGUCUCUGAGGAUAGAAGUAUCUGCCUGCAGCCAAGACUUCAUUUUGAUGGCAAAUACAUUGUCUGUAGUUCGGCACUGGGUCUCUACCAGUGGGACUUUGCCAGUUAUGAUAUUCUCAGGGUCAUCAAGACUCCUGAGGUAGCAAACUUGGCCUUGCUUGGCUUUGGAGAUAUCUUUGCCCUGCUGUUUGACAACCGCUACCUGUAUAUCAUGGACUUGCGGACAGAGAGCCUGAUUAGCCGCUGGCCUCUCCCAGAGUAUAGGAAAUCCAAGAGAGGCUCCAGCUUCCUGGCAGGCGAAGCGUCCUGGCUGAAUGGACUGGAUGGGCACAAUGACACGGGCUUGGUCUUUGCCACCAGCAUGCCUGACCACAGUAUUCACCUGGUGUUGUGGAAGGAGCACGGCUGAUGCCGCGAGCUGCACCGCUGACUGACUUUGGGCGCCGGGGCUGCAGAUUUUGAGUGCAACCUCUGUGGCAGCCGACUGCAUGAACCAAAGUUCUCACCUAAUGGUAUCAUCACGCAGUGCACAAUCAUUUAUCUCUGUUUGCCAGGGGGCCAGGGCUCGGGGUGGGGGAGGGCUCAUUUUGUUGACAUACACUGCAGCAUGCUGAUGGGGUGCACCAUUGACUUCAUUCGUACUUAGUCAUGUUGGUCAGUAUAAGAGGCUGCACUUGGGGUUCAUCUUUCUUGAAUAUUGGUUUUAAGUAAAGAUAUUUAAAUGGCUCAUUAACCUGCUAAUUGGUUGCCUAUAAAAACACAUUCAGUCUAUUAUUAAAGCUUUUUACCAUUGCCUUUUUCUCUUUUGAAGUUGAAGCAAAGGUGCUAUGAUGUUGUUACAGCAACUUUUCUCACAUGGGGCUUAGCUUUUAUAACAACCCGUGUUAUAAAGACCACCAGGUUCUGUGACAUUCAUACUCUCCACCAAAUACCAGUUCUAAAGAAAAGUUGUCUUCCAGUGCAAAUCCAGUUCUAUAAAUUGAUUGGUUUAUAACACGUUCUAAACCCUAGUUCUUGGCAGAGUGAGGGUGGGCCCUGUCCGAGAUGUGAGGAGGUUAUGUAGUUUUUGUUUCUAGGUGGAGCAGGCUGGUCCUUGGUCCCCCACAGCACAGAGGUGACUGCACAGAGGUGACAUGGUACAGGAG